AUGGCCUUCCUACUGGUGUCAGCUUAUCUUCUGCUGACUCAUACUCAGGGUGCUCCUCUUGAGAAUGGGCCACUGUUGGAAACACUGAAGUCCCAGGUAGGAUUAUUCAGCAAUAAAAGCGAACACUAUUCAGCACAGGUGAGACCUCCUGGCACAAGCCGACGAAUACCUCAGACAAUUAUCAUAGGAGUUCGUAAAGGAGGGACAAGGGCUUUGCUGGAAAUGCUGGAUAUUCAUCCUAAUAUUGUAGUAGCAGCUACAGAAGUCCACUUUUUUGACUGGGAUGAAAAUUAUGUGAAAGGAUUAGACUGGUAUAGGAGUCUGAUGCCAUUUUCUUACGGAAAUCAAAUUACAAUUGAGAAAACACCAGGCUAUUUUACAUCACCACAGGCUCCAGAAAGAAUUCAUGACAUGAAUAGCUCCAUUAAACUGCUGCUCAUUCUAAGAGAUCCCACUGAGAGAGUUAUAUCUGACUAUACCCAAGUAUACUACAACAGAGUAGAAAGCCACAAGCCUGUUCAGCUUUUUGAAGAUAUUGUUAUUAAGAAUGGAGCACUUAAUACCAAAUACAAGGCUAUUCAGAGAAGUCUAUAUGAUGUUCAUAUGGAAAAGUGGCUUAAACAUUUCAGUUUGAAUCAGAUUCACAUAGUGGAUGGCAAUACUUUAAUCAAGGACCCUCUUCCUGAAUUACAAAAAGUUGAAAAAUUUCUAAAUCUUCCUUCCCGAAUUAUGUCUUCUAAUUUUUAUUUUAACCAAACUAAAGGAUUCUAUUGCAUUCGAAGUGAUGGAAGAGAGAGAUGUUUACACGAAUCCAAAGGGCGCCCCCAUCCUCUUGUUAACAACACUGUUUUAGAGCAACUUUAUUCUUACUUCAGAGAGCACAAUGCAAAAUUUUACAGAAUGGUUAAUCAUUCUUUUGACUGGCAUUAAUGCAUUUUGGAAUCAAUGUUUCUUAAAAAGGGCCUGAAACAAACUAGAGAUUCAUAUUAUGAAAAUUUUACAUACUGGUUAUAUAGAAGCAGAGAGAACUGUUUGCUUCAUUGGAAUAAGAUAUCCAUUAACUCAUUAAAAUGGUAGCCUUUGUUUUGGGAAAAAUAAGUUUCACAUAUUUGUAUAAUUACUCUGGGUCAUAUAAUAGAAUAAUAUUUUGAUCAUUUUCCCAUCAUGCAAAUAUGUUAGCUUCAGUGGACUUACUUCAGAUAUAUAUCUGUUACAAGAUUUGUGAUGUUUUAGAAAAAUGACUGCUUCUAACAGUGUAAAAAUGUACAUAUUUGAAAUGGUAUUAUUCUAACUGUUCCAUAUUUUUGGUUCUUA